CUUCAAAGCCCCGCCCCCCCGGCUUGGCACAGGCCCCGCCCCUUUCCAUCUGAGGGGCGACAGAAGGGCGCCUGGGGCAAGAUGGCGGUGAAUCAGAGCCACACGGAGAACCGCCGCGGGGCUUUCAUUCCUUCCAGCGACAGUGUCUUGAUGCAGUCUCAGGAUGUGGACCUCUCCUUCCCACAGCAACCAGAGAGAUCCAGUCUCUUCAGUGGGACAAAGAGGGGGACACUGUUUCUCACUUCAUACCGGGUGAUCUUCGUGACUUCACACUUAGUCAGUGAUCCCAUGUUUUCUUUCAUGAUGCCAUUUGAUCUGAUGAGUAACUGCACCGUUGAACAACCGGUCUUUGCUGCCAACUACAUUAAAGGGACUAUUCAGGCAGCUCCGGAUGGUGGCUGGGAAGGACAGGCUACUUUUAAAUUAGCCUUCAGAAAAGGAGGUGCCAUCGAAUUUGCCCAGCUGAUGGUGAAAGCUGCCUCUGCCGCUGCCAGAGGAGUUCCACUUGGAAGUGCAAGUUACUGGUUCAGCCCUCCAGGACUGCUUGUAGUUACUGGGCAGGGGAACAUGAUGUGCACUCAACAGAUGCCUUGUCCAGGCAGGAUAUGGACCCCCACAGGCAGGAUAUGGACCCCCACAGGCUGGAUAUGGACCCCCACAGGCUGGAUAUGGACCCCCACAGGUGGAAUAUGGACACCUGCCAUGGGGAUACGGACCCCCACCAGCAGGAUACGGACCCCCACCUGUGGGAUCUGGAGCCCCACCAGGAGCAUACAGAGCCCUGCCUGUGGGAUACGGAGCCCUCCCAGCCGGAAACGAAACCUUACCGACUGGAAGUGA